CCAAAUACUUCGAUUAUUGUUGCUACACACUGAUCUCUCUAAAAGAGCAACCUUCUCCUCGCAUAUGCAUUUCUCCUCGCUCCCUGCGCACUGCCUGCUCCAUUAUUACGUGCCCCGCAAGCUACUCCACCGGCUGCCCUCACUUCUAAAUCUUAUCUAACGCUUUUUCUUUACUCAAAAUGGUUUUAGUUAAAAACCCCGACAAUAAUAUUGCUAGUCCUGAAACCGGAACUGCAACGCACCACUCGUCUUCUGCUUCUUACAAUGAUGGCGACUGCACUGAAACGCCGCGUUUCAGUGAAGACUUCGAUUCAACCUGCUCCACUCCCUACGUUAGUGCACCAUCGAGCCCUGGCCGUGGUCCCACCUCGGGAUACUUCUUUAGCGCGCCGGCUAGUCCCAUGCACUUCAUUCUGUCUUCAUCUCCUUCCCCGACGUAUCAUCUUAAGUCAGAGUCCUUGGCGAUAUCGGGACAAUCAGAUGCUUCGUCUUUCGAGUUCGAGUUCUCGUCUCGCUUCUCUAGCAAUGGGUCUGUAACCGUUGGAUCAAUGAGUUCGGCGGACGAGUUGUUCUUGAACGGCCAGAUCAGGCCCAUGAAGCUCUCUUCUCACUUGCAAAGACCUCAGAAUCUAGCUCCUUUAUUAGAUCUAGACGUCGAGGAAGACGACGACGGUUUAAACAAGCCGGAAGCUUCACGAGGAAGGGAUCUUAAACUGCGAAGCAGAUCUCUUCACAGAAAGGCGAGAUCUUUAUCACCCCUUCGAAACCCGGAGUUCCAAUGGGAAGAAGAGGAAGAAGAGUGCAUAAGAGAAGAGCGAAAAGAAGUUAGUAAGCUGAUAUUGGAAGGGUUGAAAGAAACCGACGUUUCAAAGGAAACGACGCCGUCCUCUUCUGCCUCUUCUUCACGAUCUUCAUCUUCGGGCAGAAACUCCAAGAAAUGGAUAUUCCUGAAAGAUCUUUUGUAUAGGAGUAAAAGUGAAGGGAGAGGAAAUGGAAAGGAAAAGUUUUGGACUUCCAUUUCAUUUUCAUCAUCAAAAGAGAAAAAGAUUCAAAUGGAACAUGAAAAGCCACCCCCUUUGAAACGUAAGCAAAAGGAAAACAAACAAGGAGCUGGUAAGAAAGUGAGUUCCGGGAAGCCAGCCAAUGGGGUGGCAAAACGACGAAUUCCUCCGUCGCCGCACGAGUUGCACUACACCACAAACAGGGCUCAAGCUGAGGAAAUGAAGAAGAGGACUUACUUGCCUUACAGACAAGGAUUAUUUGGUUGCUUAAGCUUCAGCUCGAAAAGUUACGGUGCACUUAACGGACUCGCCAGAAGUUUGAAUCCAGUCUCAUCCAGGUAGUUAACGGAGGACGGUGCACUUGAAAGCAGGGUCCUUUUUUUAUGUAUAGUUUCUUCUGGAUUUUAAGGAUAUUAACAUCGUAUAAAAUACUGUUUUAUGUAUUUUAAUCCUAAGUUUAAGGUAGCUUAGCUUAUUUUGCCUCUCUUGACUACCAGUACAAAAGAAGCUUAUAUUAUGUUUUAAUCCUAAGUUAAAGCUUCUUCAGCUGCCUGCUUUUUGUUGUGAUUUACGGUUUUUUUUAAAGGUAUUAAUCCAUUGUUGUAGUAGUAAAACAGAGUUUUAUA